CCUACCGAACCAGGAGUUCCUGAGCAACACAAAGAGUGUUGUGAUGUGUCUUCUUUUUCUCUAUCAAUAACUGUUGAAACAAAAUGCUGGAGUGACAGUAAUAGUUUAGGGAAUAACCCCGAUAUAGUAACUGCCCCUGCGUAA